UGAAACUGUUGGAACUGAGCUAUGAAACUCUAUUACGUUACGCUUUUUAUUUGUUCUCCCGACUUAUAUUAUCAUAUCAUAUCGACUGUCCACGUGAGACGACUAAGAUUUUUCUCUUUCAAGUCUAUGCUGAGUAAUCCUCAUAUGGUAUUGUUAAUAACUUAUCAGAGAACACAAUAGAUUUAGUUAAAUGAAGUACCUAAAAACAAAGCAUAUAUAUGUAUAUCCAUGUAACCUAUUCAUUUUCUUAUCUACAUGUUUGAGAAUCAUAAUUUUCUUAGAAUAAUACCAACACGAGCCGGCCCGGAAAUGUUUUAACUGAGCACUUACACCGUCUAGAGCCACCGCCAUUCUUUCCAUGCAAAGAGAUGGCGCACGUGUACCCAGGGCUGUGCUUGACCACAAACUGGUCAAUCAUGUGCUUGAGGUCAAAAUAUUUAUAAAUAAUUUAGGGGCCAUUUUGACAAGAAUCAUUGUUAGUCCAGUGGUUUAGUAUGCUUAUUCAUUGGUCAAGAUCAUGUGUUCGAACUUCAAACCACCAUAAUAUCACUUUUGGAGCCAAAAUUUUUUCCUUGCUUCUAACCUCUAAAAAAUCAGGCGCCCUGCGUGCACUUAACGAAUCGUCUCCUCCAUGCAGGACCCAUAAUAUUCCCUUCGACGUUUCAUCUUCUUCUUUAGCAAUAAGAACGAGGAGCAUGCCCUCUACUGCUCCAAAGACAGCCCCAUAAGAGGCCACUCGGAACUAAUUUUUCUUCUCUCAAGUACUUCGCAUAAACACACGGUCUAAAGUUGAAAGCAUUUUGCAUAUAAUGUUAAAGUACUUUUAAAACUUCAAUUAUAUUUUUAUGAAAGACCAGGUCACAUCCUAUCUAUACUAUUAGGUGCAAAGUAAUUUUUUGCAUUCAAACUCUCACGGUAAAAAUUAAAGCGGUUAAAGUCAUUGUUACCUUAAUGAAUUUUUAUAUAAUUUAUUAUAUAUUUUAAAACAAAAUUAAUGUUAUAUUGCAUAAAUAUUUUUUUAAAAAAUAAGAUAAUCCAUAUAUAUAUUGUGUUAUCCAGAUAUAAUAUUUCUUACUAUAAAAGUUAGAAAUUAAGAUAUAAAUAAUUUAUAAAGGAGAUCCACUAAAAGAACACAAGUAUGGCAACACAUCCCCCUCAGACAAUCAGUUCACAUAGCUGAAAAUCUGGAUUUGCAGAGCGCGCUGGUCCUGCUCAGGAAGAACUUAUGCCUCCCACCAAUUGGAAUCAGGAUCAACAUCCUCUCUUGGGUGUAUUGGGCCACCUGGAGCGCUAGAAACAAACUCAUCUUCGAAAACAAGACAAACCGCCCUAUAGAAAUUGCAACAAAAGGAUUAGCAUCUGCUAGAGAAUGGGAUCAAGCCCAGUCUGUAGAAAAAUCGACAAACCUAGCUACAUCUACCUCCAGAAUCGAUCGCCACCGAGAAGUGAGGUUUCUCACACCGCUCUCGUGCUCAGUAGACGCAGUCUGGGAUGCAGCCACAAACAGAGCAGGAAUCGCAUGGAUCGUGGAUGGACCACCACCCCGAGCUCCCCGAUCGGGAUCCCAAAUCAUCAAAAACGUAGCUUCCCCCGGCUGAAAGCCUAGCUCUCCAAAUAGGAAUCGAAAGCGCUAUUGAAGCAAGAAUCUCCAGCAUCACUUUCUUCUCCGAUUGUUCAACGCUCAUCAGAGCUAUUAACAACAAACUACAUUACAAGAAAGUCUAUGGUGUUUUAAACGACAUCGAUCAAGCUUCCUCUGAGUUUGUCUCUAUGUAUUUCCAGCAUAUCCCUUGUUCCCAGAACAUGACUGCUGAUUCUUUAGCUAAACAUGCCUUAGAAGCCCACUCUAUUGUAUCUGAACUCUCAUUGGACUGGUCCUUGGGCUAAAAAAACCCUUCCUAAGUCCUUAAUAUAAUUAUUAGUUGCUCAAAAGAAUUAUUUAUAUCUUAAUAGACGUCAACAUUGAUGAUUACUUGCUGAUUAAAUUAACGUUACACUAUUUUCCUCAGGUUCUUCAGCUAAAACAACGGGUUGAUGAUGCUAAGCGAGAGAUUCAACAUUUGGGUGAAAGAGUAGAAAGAGGCUUGAGAACAGUCCCAUUUCUUUAUCAGUUUCUGGUGAAACCAAUGAAGCACCAAAAGCAGUGAUAACUACAAUAACCUCUUUUAUGUGGUACUGGAAAACAACUACAUUAACGGAGUAGAAUGGGUGAAUCUAUACAUUUAAAAUUAAUAGCUUAAUAUAGUACUUUUAAUUGUAUUAAGUAGUGUUCUGAUUAAGAGAAAAAUAUAGUCGUAUCUAUGAUUUUUACAACUGAAAAUUAAUUUGCAUCAAAAUUAAGAGAGUUUAUUGCGAGGCGGAUUUCUAAAGAUUUUUAAAAUUUUCAUAAUCCUUUGUUAUUGGUUACCGGAUUCUUAAAUUCUGAAUAAAAAUUAUUGUUAUUGGUUAAUAGAUAUUUAGAUCUGUAUUUUUUUUUCUAAUUCUAUUACAAUCUAUGUUAUCGAAAGAUGGAUUCUCUACAUUUUCACUCAUGUACCAAAACAUUCAAAAUAUCAGUGAUCUACAUGAGAUUCUUAGAAUUAACACUUAAAAAUGAAUACACAUUCAAACAAAACAAGGAAUAUGGAGACGUGGAAACAAACUAUCAAAAAUUAAAUGAGAUAAUAGAUAAGAUAAUACGAUGAUUAUAAAGUGAUUUAAAAAAAAAAUUGGUUCACUGAUCAUGAGUUUAUUAAUCAUUUAAUCAAAAUCAUAAAAAUAAAUAUUUUAAUGACUUAAAUUAAUAUUAUUGAAUUAUUACUAAAUUUUAUGUUACUAAAAACAGUAUUGAGAUUUUAGAUUUUCAAACUAUUUAAAUUUAAAAUAAUAUUUUAAAUGUUUCUAAUUAUUAUUCAAAUUUCUUAUAUUGUAUAUAUAAUAUAUAUUUUAUUUAAUAUUUAUAUCCGCGAAUUCGCAGACAAACCACCUUGAAAGAUUAGUUUAUAUUCGGACUGUUUGCUUUCAAUUGCUUUGUUUAGUGUUAUUCCUCCAAAAGUUCCUAACUAAAAGCAUAUCCUCAAACCUUUUUUAAUUUUGUCACAUAAGUGUUUAUAUAAUUUGAUAAUUCUUUAUUCCUCGACCAAAAGAAAGUUAAACGAAGAAACUUACACAUUAUGGCUGAUGCGACAGAGAAAGUCGAGCACAACCGUAUUUUCAAGAAAUUUGAUGCUAACGGCGAUGGUAAAAUCUCAGCAGCUGAACUCGAAGAAGCUCUCGAGAAACUUGUCUCAGUGACUCACGAUGACGUGAAUCGUAUGAUGACUGAAAUUGAUACUGACGGUGAUGGAAACAUAUCGUAUCAAGAAUUCACCGAUUUUGCAAGUGCCAAUUGUGGAGUUAUGAAGGAUGUUGCCAAAAUUUUCUAAAAUAGUACUUAUCAUUGUCUUUCGUUUGAGAAUGUCUAAUACCUUUUCAAUAUGAGAUAUUUGGUUCUAAGCAUUGUCAUAAAAAGUUUGUUGCUCUUACUCCUUUUUGUAAGUGAAUUUAUUUUAAAUCCUACAAAUUCAAUGUGAUCAUUGCGAUGUGAGGUGAAUGACCUUUUUUUAUGUUUCGCUAAAAUGUUUCUUCUUCUUCAAAGUUUCUUUAAUUUAACUCAAAGUCGAAGUACUUCAAGCGAAUCCAAGAUCAGAAUAUCAGCCUAACACAUUAGAACAAUAACAUGGAGAAGAGCUUGACGCACUUGCAAGAACGUGCGUUUCUAGUGACCCUUCCAAGUAAAACGUAUGUUAUUUUAUCUGUCUUUUACUUCUUGUUAAGUAUACAUACCAAACCAUCAUUUUGAUGUUCAUGUUAAGAGUUCAAGACAUUGAUCCAUGCAAAAAAGCACUGAUAGAUGAUUCGGGUGCCUGGUUCAAGAACGAGUUAGUUCUCCUGGUGAGUCCGACCUAUAGUGAUCCUCUGACAAGUAAACAUGAUUAAAAAUUUAUGGCA